GCGAUCGACCUUAUUGAAUUAGCGUUCGCCGAUGGGUUUGCUUGGCGAUUAUCUGACGCGGCCUAUCUCUAUAUACCUGUCGUUCGUUACGGUUGUCGCGCCGGUUUGCGAUAAUUACGAAAACAAAAUCUGGUUCAAUUAUACGAGCAGUCUGCGCCAAUAACUUCUUUCGCUUGGCGAAUCUUUAACCCUGAUCUAGAGACGUUCUUCCCUCCCUCGCGAUUACCAGGAAGUUGAGACUAACUUUCGCUUGUUCAUCGCUUUUGUGACGUAAAAAUUCGAUUUAAAUGGCACGUAAAUUUGCAUUAAGAAUGAUAACGGUAUCGCAUGCGAAUUAGGAGACGUUUUAUAUGCUGUACGUCGUGAAAGCAAGAAUAUUCAAAGUUUAAUUAAAAAUUAGAAAACCUUGCUCUGUCUCUUAGAAACGCCAUUAAGAAGGCUAUUGCUACAUGCAGGGUAGAAUAUUUAACUGGAAACGUGUUCGAUGAUUCCAUUGCCCGAUCGAAGAGGGUCUCGUCUCGAUCAUAACAGGCUGACGCAGGGGUUAGUUUGAUCUGAGAUAGGGCUGGAAUCAUGGGGCGUAACGGCGAAGGGUGAGCGCGACGAGGGGAUGUUGAAAGUUCGCUUCUCCAUUUUCGUGAACGCUUUUCCGUCGGCUUCCUUCCUUUUCCUCGUUCGAUUUCGUCGUAGUCGAUAAUUAACCAACACGUUGCGUUCUUUCGAAUCGAUGCCUUUCAAUAUGUACGAUAUUUCAACUUCUUCGAUCAGUCGACUAGAUUUUCUCAAUGUGCAGGCGAGCUAAAAAAUCGUCGGUGAUGAUUUUCAAAAAAAUUCGGCACGUAUAUCGCUAGUAUCAAUAGUCAAUGACAAGACGUCAGCGUGGCGAGGCGAUCGCGAUACUCAAAGGAAAUCGGUGGCUGGUUAAAUAACCGGUUUCCUAAUUCGCUGCGCCGCCGUCCGAGUCGCGCUCGUGUCUAAUUGCAUACCAUUUAUGUCGCGCCGCCGUUCUAACACCUGUCUUACGAAAAUCCAUUAGUGGCGCGCAUGCACGAGUCCGAAUAGUCGGCUGACGUGCGAAUUCGUAGCUUCGUGGUCGUAGCCGAAUGACAGCCGCCGCCGGCUUACCAUACAAUCCCUGCCCCCUUCUUGCGCUUCCAUCACCAUUUUCGCGUCUUGGGAUCCUCUCGAGGACGAACGUCGUUUUUCGCGUGUCGGAAACGUCGCGGCUCGUUACACCGCCACGAUGAAGCGUUGGUUUCUAUAUCGAUUUCGUCGAGCGUCGAGAGUCGUUUAAAAAACGUCGACACGUUCCUGCGUUGUUUUUUUUCGAUUGUUUCCUUUUAUUUUAGUUUUGGUUGGAUAUCUUGAAACGUAUGUGUGAAACGGAUCGCGAUCGUGCAGUCGUUUCUUUGUUUUUCCGACCAGUGCGUGAUAUGUGCUCAGCAAAGACACAGUUUUUUUAAUUAUCUCAAGGUAUCUCUUAUCGUGUGGCGAAAAUAUCGGUAGAACAGAUCAGAAUUUUAUGUAAAAAUUAUCGUUCAGGAAAACUGAAUAUUUAAAAACCGGUGUGUUUCGAUAACUAUCGCGUGGGGAUUAAUUAUUGAAGCAAUAUUUGCAUACGUGUGAAACAUAUUUUCCUUGUCCUUUUAUCAAGAAUACAACGUUUUAACCGCGCCGUCUUUAUUUCAGCAAACAGCCAAAGGAUUAACGAUUCUAAAUUUUCGAAAUUUUGUUCCAUACACGUUUCUUGGUCUACGGUACGUUCCAAAAAGUCGCGAGAAGGAGGAACCGUAUAAUAGCGAAAGAAAUUUUUACUGUUGCUAGGAAACGCUGUUUUAAAGGCCGCAUUACCCGCUACAAUGAUAGACGGAAACGUAGCCCGCGGUCAUAAAGCUUUUCUUCACACAUCAUCGAGGCUAAUCCUAAGAGACACCAGUCCUUUGACAGUCUUCUCGAACGAGAUAAGGAUUCUGACGUGGUGACAAGCUCUCGAAGCGGCCUAAGUUCAUUAAAACGACGUUUUUCCUUGCAAAAUGAAUACCACGUUUGUUAAUUAAGAAUUUCGAGUCCGCGAGGUCGGUACAGUAAGGUGAAAUCGAUUAGACGCUAAAGCAUAUGCGUUGAGGCGACAAUGUAGAAACACGAAAAACGAUAAGAAGCUUCGGUUUAAUUCAGGGCCGUGCGAUGUUAACUUAACUGCUUUGUCCUUUCUGAGAUAUCUAAAUACAUUUCAUGUAUCGCGACCAUACAUUCUACAACUUUGAAAGCUGUUUCUGAAAAUACGUGAGUUGUUAUUUUUCACACGAUGCGUAUAUUUUAAAUGGACGCUUUAAAUAUUAAUUCGCAAAUGACACCGCACUUUAUCCAAUAACGUUGAAUUAUUUUGAUACAAUCAGCAGACGGCAGAUAUUCCUUUAAUUUUUAGUCUAGAAAAGGCUGCAAGGUCGAUUUAAUAUUAAUACAAUUUGUUAGUAUUAAUGCAACUCUGUUUUAAUAUUAAUCUUUUUGCCACGUCCACCCGUUUGUCGCCGUUGUACGAAACAAUUGUGUCGCGAGUCCACGCUUUGCCGUAAAAGGGUAGCAGGAGCAAAUGGAAGAAAAUAAUUGGACGAAAAAAUGUCAGUCAACUUCAACGAAAAUUGUCAACUAAUGACUGAAAACGUAGACUACUGUAGUCGAGUUUAAUGGACGAAUAAGCGGAUCGAGACGAUUUCGUUUUCCAAAGUUACGAUCGGUUCGAGAAAAGCUAGCCGGAAUCUCGUAAUCAUCCACGUGGUCGCUGAAAUCUACGCCGAUACCGAUCAUUCCGAUCGCGGUCGUCAGCCUGUGGUCGAAAAGCUAAUUUUAGGCGAAAAAAGUUUUUCUCUCGAGAGAAAGAGAAAGGCAUCGCCGGCAACGUGAACAGGCGAAACCAAUUUCUGUAGGUGAAUUUCAGCAGCGCGUAUUACCGUGGCCGCCACGCCGGCAAGAUUCCUAGACGAGGACAAACGGGUCGAUUUUCCCGCGGGCAACAUCCCGGAAGCGACGACAACGACUGGACCGUCGCCAGUGGACAUCGUGAACGUCGAUAUACAACAGCCAGCACACGACCACCCCCUGUCGCUCGCUCGGCCUCGUGUAUCGUCUCUCUGUGUACGUGGCUGCUGUCUGUGUCUCCGUCCGUCUGUCGGCGCGUGUACCCGCGUACGAACGAUAAUGCUGGCGGCUGACGGUUUCGGUGAUCGACGACGACGCGGCCGGUGAACUAGUGACAGUGUGAAAUCGAUCGUGAGCAGGGAAACCGGCUAGCGGUCGCACUAAAUAUACGCAGGAAUAAUGGCCAGCGCGACAAUGGGACUCCGUCGCAGAGUGCCGGUGAACAAUUCGCCGACCCCGUCGGGCCAAUCCUCGUCCACUGGCUCGUCCAGCAAGCGUUCAAGAUCCGAGAACAACAACAGCCCGUCCCAUGGUAAUCUCAACUCUAUGUCACGGGACGAGCCACCGACCAAGAAGUCACGUGGCACAUCGACCAACGCGACCAAGGGCUCGUCGUCCUCGUCACCGGAAACCAGUCCCUCGUCCAAGAGCCGAGGCGGUUCCGUGUCGAGGUCCAACGCCCAAACCAAGACAUCCUCGGCAUCCGUGUCCACGUCAGACGCGGUGUCCAACAACAGCGUGUUGUCCAAUAGCUGGCAGACCUCGUCGAACAUGUCCGACGUGUCGACGUACGCAUCGGUAGCCGGAUUGAGUAUGGCCGCGAGUCCAACCGCUGGCCUGUGCGCCGGUGGUCUCAGCAUGCCCACUCCGAUCCCGUACAUGUCCUCGUCGAUGGCGACGUUCGUCGGAAAUGCCACCAACCUAGGCAAGAGCUCGUCCGUGUCGUACCUGGACAUUUCCAACAUGACCGGUGGCUCUUUGAGCACGUCCGCCGGCUUGAACGGCGGCUACGUCGGCAACGGGAACGCUGGCAACGCGAUGGACUCGAAGAACGGCGUACCCAUGCCGUUCCCUGGAAUGCCGGCUGGCGUGAACGGCGCUGGUUACGGGAUGCAAAAGGGUCAACCGGAGAACGCCGGUCUACCCAAGAAAUUCCAAAACGACGGAAUGUUCAACGCGUAUCAACCGUGGGUGAUCAAAACGUACGGAGAUUUGGCGAAAACUAAGACCAUCACGAUCAAAAAGUACGCUCGUAUAUUGCGAACACUGAGAGGUGAGGAAGUGAACAGUGCGGAGAACAGCAAGUUCCGGUUCUGGGUGAAGAGCAAGGGCUUCCACAUCGGCCAGCCGGAAGGAUACGACGCGAAACCGGCGGACAGGAUUAUCGGCCGUCACGCGGUGACGAGUCCCGGAUUGGAUCCUCCGCUAUACGUGCCUACACAGCUGCCGCACAACAAGACGUUAAACGGCGCCGAGGGUACCGUUCCACCCGGAAGAGUGUACAAGAAAGUCGCGAUCGUGGAGAACUUCUUUGACAUUAUUCAUGCUGUCCAUGUUGACCUUGAGGGUCGUCCGGGGAAGCAUGCCGGUCAAAAGAGAACGUACAGGACGAUUACCGAAACGUACGCGUUUCUUCCCCGAGAGGCUGUAACGCGAUUUCUUUUGGGAUGUACGGAAUGCCAACGACGUCCGCGGACCCCGAGCCCGACAAAUUUAUCCAAUCAACCGCAGCCCACGUCGGCGACACCGUUGGCGACGACCACGCUAACGUCUACGACGACGCCAUUAAGCCCAAAUGCCCUCUCAACCACGUCGACGACGGUGCAAAGCAGUCCCAAGCUGCGCGAGGGAAAUCACGGCGGUGAGGCCAAGCCCCUGUACAGUUAUAGGCACCAAAGGCAUCACAAGGCCAGCGCCGUACCCUCGACAACGGAGAAAACCGACAAGGAGAAAGAGGAGAAGUACAAUCCCUUGAGUAUCACGAAUUUGCUGAAGAAGGAGCCAGUAACCGGUAGCUUUUUGCCGAGCGCGGACAGCCUACCGGACUCGAGAAGAACCCCGGAAUCGGACCGGGCGAGCUCGAGAAGUUCGGCCUCGUCCAAGAGGAAAAGGAUGCUGCCAGAGGGUCGAACGCCGUCCCCUCAGCCCAGCCAACCGUUGCCAAGGCCGUGGAGCCCUGGACUCGAUCCCAAGAACACGCCCAUCGACUACAGUCUUCCCAUCACUACCUCGUACCUGAAGCAUCAGCAGAGGCUACUGCAGCAGGCGGAGAAGAACAAGGCUGCAGCGAUCAAGGAGACCGAGCUCGAGCAGAAAGUGACCGUUCUGCCGGCGGACGAGAUCGUCGACACCGUCGAGAGGGACAGAUAUUCCCCUGCUACCGGAUUAAUCGACACCAAUCUCAAUCUAUUGGCCACUAUUCAGCACCUGCAUUGCCAAGUGAUGCUGGCCCUCACGGAAAGACUCAGACCGUCGAUAACCAUGCCAAACCCGCUCGUUUUGCCCACGGCGGCCAACGUGCUGACCAACGGAAUGAUGAUAGGCCCCGAGGUGUCGGUACAAACCGGCGAGAAUCGUACGUGAAAGAAUGGACGCUAUUCGCGAAAGAUAUGGAAAAAUCCUGCAGCGUUCUAUUGACUCCUCCCCUUCUGUUGCGAACGAGUUUUUGUUACAGCCGUCGCAGCCGAGGGGAUCAUACGAUGCAUAUAUUGUUCUAAUCGCACGUUGAGCAUAAAAAGUAUAGUUUUCUAUUAUAUUCCGUUAGGUGGUUUAAGAAUGGAAACGUAACAGGGGAAGGAGUCAUAAACAGACUCGAUCGAUACUAAUCUUAAUCUCGUCACUACCGUACACCGAAUUCCAUUAACGAAAAUACAGCUUUACGUUCAAGUUUCAGAUUUCACGAGAUCUCUUAAGAGACUUUUUUGAACGAUCUCAGCUUUGUAAAUCCUUGAGAGAUAAUGAAUGAUGGCUUUAUUUUACUUGGAAUAUACUUAAUAGAAAUGAUUCUUGAAAACUUUACGGAAUAAAUUUCUAACGUAUUCGGUAUACCUGAUCGAGAGAUAAUCAGACCUAACAUCCACCGAUCCAGCGCUCACGUUCUUCUACGAGAGAACGUUAACGCGGCCAAUAUCCGAUCCUAGCUGCCAUUCAAACUAUCGGCUAACGCGAUCAUCUAUUAAACCGGAUAAGAUCAAUUACUUGGUCGGCGUCGUGGCGUCAACGUCAGUUAAAGUCGGGACCGGGGCUGGAUCGGAUCUCGUUUCGUGCGCUCGAUAUAGACGGCGAAACGACGAGACGAAUUAUUCGUGAGUCUGUCAAAAUAUGGGUCGACUCUGUCGCACGUUGUCGAUUUAUGGAGGGAACGACCGCAAGCCGAGCACCACAGGCCCUUCUACCGCGCAAUCGAGUUCGAUAUUUUGAGAUCCGAGUGGAACGCGAUCCGCUCGUUAGACAGAGGUCCCCGAAAUGGACGGCGGUUUCGACAGCAGCUAGAAGGACAGCUUUUGAAUAUUUAACCGUCGAACAAGAUCGAUGAUGACCUCUGACUCGUUGACCCGCGACACUUUUCGGCCUUUCGUUUUAUCGUCGAUAAAGUUCGACGAAUAUGCGAUAAUUUGGCACGGGAGCAAAAACGAUCUCGUCGAAUUCCGAGUUUAGAUAUCUGAUAACAAAUAUUCACCAUCUAUAUCGCGAUAUACGAGUAUGUACAUUUCGAUUUCACGUUGUUCAUUUUAAUCGUUCGUUGACAUUUUGAGUUUUCGAACGCGAGACUCGUCAUCGAUUCUUUGGAUACGUGAGACGCACAAUUACGUCCAAUUCGCAGAAUCCGAUUUCUCGCGAUGAUGAUUACGACGAAAUGGUGAUUAUAUUCAGAAGAGUAGAUUAAUAUUAAAGGACGAACAAAUAUAAUCUUCGUGUAAUCGGGACCUCGCUUAGCGCGAACGAACAUUAUAUACCAAAGGCAUUGUAAAAGGCCACGACGAGAAGAUUCUCCUCCUUUUAGGGAAUUCCAUCGAAUCGUUGAUCGAUGUUUGAGCUAUCGUCGAGAACAAGACGGGUUCCACGGGUGUGACUCGUACGACGCUAAACAUUUUCGUAUUUCACCGUGUAGACUAGCCUUGUGUAUGAUAUUAAGAAAAAAAAAAAAGUAUAGAGGGUAGUUUCUUCGUGUAUUAUAUUAUCUUGUCGUUAAAGACGCCGCGCAGGCGUGAACGUGUGAUCACACUAGAACGUGUUUGAUAAUCGUUGUGAAAGUAGAGACAGACGUUUGAAGAAAAUAUAAUGUAACGUAAGAGGAAGAACCGUCGAAAGUGUUAUAAUAAGUGAAUAAUACCGAAUCUAUUAUUUUGUAUAUAAUCGUUGUAACAUAGCGCAGUUAGUCGUUAAGGGGUAAAAAAAAAAAAGAGCGCGCGGCUCUAUUAUUAUUCCUAUUAUUCCUAUUAUUAUUAUUAUUAUUAUUAUUAUCAUUAUUAUUAUUAAUAUUAUUAUUAUUAUUAUUA